AUGCCUCCGGUUAUGCCAUCGGGAGGUGGCCAGAUGAGGGCACCUUCAACGUUUGACAAGAGUAUGCUGUUCCAAGAUGAGAUGAAGAAGAGAGAAGAAGCUAACGGAUGCAGUGAAAAUGGGUGCUAUGAUGGGAGGAUACAGGGAGCUGACAUGCUUACAGCUGUUGGCCUGAUCAUGGGCUUCAUCAUCGGAACCGUCUCGAUCUUCCAGUACGGCGCCGGUCCAAACGGUAUAAUGCGCACUCUAGGCAAAUACAUGGCUGGUUCCGGAGCUACGUUCGGCUUCUUCAUGUCCAUCGGCAGCGUUAUACGGACAGAGGGCCACGCAGACGCCUACAAGAUGUGGUCUGCCGCCCACCGACGACCGAUGCUCAUCCCAAGCCAGUACCAGAACCAUCCUCGCGUCCGGAGAGAAUAG